AGAACUCCUUCCUGCUGCUUCACCCAGCGCUGCUGCUUUGGAUUCCCGGCCAGGUGGGAGACCUUCCUCAUUUGCAGACUUCCGAGGAGACCCUUAUUUUUUCCAAGGUUAAGAGAUUCUGGAAUAGAAGCGUCAGAGGAGAUUAAGUGAACCUUCUACAACUCCUCGGACCUCGCCAAGCUCCCUUUGGGGCGCGAGACCACAUUUGAGCAUCUCACUGGGGCGCAGAAAUGCAAGAACCCACUUUGUCCCUUCUCCGCAGUGUGGCUUGCCUGAUGUACCCCUAGGAAUGAAGAGGAGACUUGUCAUAACCCGAUGAGGUACUGAAAGCCAAAUGGCAAAGAAGAUAUCACAGGACAUAAGCUAGUGAUCGAUUGGGGGUGGGCAGACACGUUUCUGAAUGUAAUUGGUCGAGCGUGAAAGAGAUGUCCUCUUAAAAAGCACAACAAUCCUUUAAGAGGAGAAAGAUUGAGUUUUCCCGUUUUUGCCAAGAUUUUGAAGACCGUUCAAUGUGUUGUACAUUUUAUAUAAGAUGGGAACUUUGUGAAGUAUUCUGUCCAAGAGUGUAAACGAUGACUACCCCAGCUCUGCUGCCCCUGUCUGGACGUAGGAUACCACCUCUGAACCUGGGGCCGCCCUCCUUCCCACAUCACAGGGCUACCUUGAGACUGUCUGAGAAGUUUAUCCUUCUCCUUAUUCUUAGUGCCUUCAUCACCCUGUGUUUUGGGGCGUUCUUCUUCCUUCCAGACUCUUCAAAACACAAACGCUUUGAUCUGGGUUUAGAAGAUGUGUUAAUUCCUCAUGUAGAUGCCGGCAAAGGGGCUAAAAACCCUGGAGUCUUCCUGAUCCAUGGACCUGAUGAACACAGACACAGGGAAGAAGAAGAACGUCUGAGAAAUAAAAUUCGAGCUGAUCAUGAGAAGGCCCUGGAAGAAGCAAAAGAAAAAUUAAGGAAGUCAAAAGAAGAAAUUCGAGCAGAAAUUCAGACAGAGAAAAAUAAAGUAGUCCAAGAAAUGAAGACGAAAGAGAACAAGCCACUGCCACCAGUCCCUAUUCCAAACCUUGUAGGAAUAAAUGGGGGAGACCCAGAAGAUAAUGACAUAAGAAAGAAAAGGGAAAAAAUUAAAGAGAUGAUGAAACAUGCCUGGGAUAAUUAUAGGACAUAUGGAUGGGGACAUAAUGAACUCAGACCUAUUGCAAAGAAAGGACACUCCACUAACAUAUUUGGAAGUUCACAAAUGGGUGCUACCAUAGUAGAUGCUUUGGAUACCCUUUACAUUAUGGGACUUCAUGCUGAAUUCCAAGAUGGACAAAGAUGGAUUGAAGACAACCUUGAUUUCAGUGUAAAUUCAGAGGUAUCUGUAUUUGAAGUCAACAUUCGAUUUAUUGGAGGCCUACUUGCAGCAUAUUACCUUUCAGGAGAGGAGGUGAGCAAAAUCAAGUAAUACAUUGUCUUGGGGGAAGGCGUUGUGAAUGGAAUUUAAUAAAAUGAAAGAUUUUCCUAGCAGCAUAUCAUUUUUCUAAAUUGAGUAAUAUUGAACUAAUCUGAAGGUUUGCUGAAAAGAACUGGAUGCUUUAAGUAGAACUGUUCCUUGGGAAUACUCAUUGGAUUUUCCAUUUUGAGAAUAUCAAUAAAAUAUAAAUUCAUCACAGAUCCUAACAUUAUAUACACCACAUCUCCUUUGCAAGACUUUUCAAGGAUUUGCCAUUGCAGUUAAUGGCAUGGUCCAAACAAAGGGGGAACAGAACCUAACAAGACCAAAAUUAAGGAGUUAAUCAGGAGGAAUUAAUGUGAAUUAUUCUAAGACCAAAAAUUAAUUAUUAUGGGGAACCGAGGCAUGGAGAAGGGGA